AUGAAAAGUGGAGAAUCCGUGCAAGAUUAUCUUACAAGGGCAGCAGCGGUUGUCAAUCAAAUGAAGUCCUAUGGGGAGCAAGUUACGGAUCAAACUACUGUUGAAAAAGUGUUGCAGAGUUUGACUCAAAAGUUUGAUCAUGUCGUUGCAGCUAUUGAGGAGUCUAAAGACUUAGCUACUUACUCAUUUGAUGAACUACAAGGAUCUUUGCAGUCCCACGAAGCGAGAUUGAACCGCACAAAUGAAGAGUUUGACGAAAAGGCAUUCCAAGUAAUGGGGGAGUCUUCCAAGCAGCAAGGGAUAAAAUCUUUGUUCAAGGAGCUGGAUGAGUCAUACAAGGUGAAGGUGAUGACAAGAAGAUGCAAGUUGAGGGCAAAGGCACUAUGGCGAUAA